AUGCGUCCUCUAACUAUAUUCUGCACUCUCUCUACACUCUCAACCACACUCGCGUUCCCCUACUCCCUACCAUCCAACUCAACCAGCGCAUCAAAAUCGACUCCUUCAUCAACUGGGACGGCGACUCUACCCUCGCCAACACUCAGCGCACCUAAUUCUUGUCCCGGAACGCAGUCCAAGCAAUGUUGCGCAACCCUCAGCGAGAUAGGUGACAGCCUCUUCAAGCCAUUGGGCAUGGUCGUUCCGAUCCUGGGGGCAAUUGAGCUGAAGUCCCUGGUUGGGCUGUCGUGCAAAAAAAUGGCGGACACGGCCCCAGAAACCGACUGCGGGGAUGCAGUCAUGUGCUGUGAUGAUGCUUCAGCUGUUGCCGCGGACAAUUUCAUGCAGACUUCCUGCCAGGACUUUGCGGUCGCGAAGAAGAAGGAGCAGGACGUGAUUGACCGCCAGCAGAGCCGGUAUUCGGCGUAUCGGAGCGCGAUGAUGUCGGAGUCUGCUACUCCUAGCCCGGCGCCAGUCCGUCCGAUGGGCUCGUCUGUCUCGAGGGCGAGGGCGACGCCUACCAGGGUUUAA